GUGAUAUACUAGGCUCUGUAGUGCAAAACCUUCAGAACUUUCUUCAGAUGCCCUAUGGUUGUGGAGAGCAGAAUAUGGUCCUUUUUGUCCCUAACAUUUAUGUUCUAAACUAUCUAAAUGAGACACGACAGCUGACAGAGAAGAUCAAGGCCAAAGCCACUAGCUACCUCAUCAGUGGUGAGAGAUUACCUCAAAAAGAAGAGCCAUAAUCUCUUAAAUUUUUUUUGGUGAACUAAAAUCAACAUCUGUUUCAUUAAGAUUCGAUAGUCAUUGUCAUGAUUUUCAAUAAAAUGUCCCAAUAUACAAGUAGAAAAUUCAAUAGUAUCAUCAAGCCUGUGAUUGGGGGUUGCGGGAAAUUUUAACUAAAUAUUAGUUACCCUAUGAUUCCUAAUAGCACUGAGAAAAAAGCUCAAUAAUCCUCCAAUGUCUUUGCCAUUUCAAUAAAUCUAUGAACACUUCCUCUUCAGGGUACCAAAGGCAAUUGAAUUAUAAGCACAGAGAUGGUUCCUACUGCACCUUUGGGGACAAUGACGGUAGCAGUCAGGGAAACAAGAUUAUUUUUUCCCUAUGCUCUCUGUAGAUCCAUGACAUUUCAGGAUUCUAGAAACAGCUACUCUCUAAUAUCUGGAGUUUUUUGUGGAAAAUUGUUAGUCUUUAAAUAACGCAUAUGCUGUAUGUAUCAUUCCUGUUGGGUAAUCUCACCGUUUCAUCUCUGAAAGCUUACCUGCUGUGAUAACACAACUGAAAAUGGAGAAAUAAGGAUCUUCUAAAUGGAAAUAUAAAGCAGAAAAUGUCAUUCUAUAAAAUGACAGAGGAAGAACCUCCCACACUGUGCAUUAAAGAAGGAGAGGAGGGCGAGGACAGAAGGAGACCGUGAUGCAGUAAAGUCAGGACAAGUCAUUCUGGAAAUGCAGUUUUCAUGGUGGGGAGGCUUGGAGGCUCCAACAAAUGUUUCACAACAAAAAAUUUAAAAAGCAUCAACUCAGAGAAACCAAUAAAGUUGAGAUAUAAUAAAAGAUAUUGAGAUGUUUGUUGGACUAGAGUAUAUUCAGCUCUUAAAUACUAUUUCCCCAUCAAUGCCUCCCAGUAAUCUCCUCCACUGAAUUGUGAAGAGCAAUGUCUGGAGGCGUGCACAAAGUGAGCUAUGAAAGUGAGGUGGUCCUCAUGUCUGUGUUUCUGUUUUGCUCGACGGGCUCACUGCAUUUGUGCUCAAGUCCUUUGCUCAAGCCCAAUCGUACAUCUCUGUGGAGAGCUCACACAUCAGGGAUGCCCUCACCUGGCUUUCACAGGGACAAAAGGCAGAUGGUUUUUUCGAAGGCUCUGGAUCACUGCUCAACAAUGCCAUUAAGGUGAUGCCUUCUCUAUUUUUGUUCUGGUCCCUGAAGAUAGUGAUAUGUGGGAGGAAAUGAUGUUUGAAUUGAGUCCUUCAGUCUUAGCGACAUAGAUUUCAGGAAGAAUGGUGGACUCUAAAUCUCCUGAAAUCUAGCAAUACCUUAGUAGUUUUUUAUUGAAUGAAAAUAGUGUUCAAAAAAACCUCAAAGUCGAACAUACUAUAAAAAGUGAGGGAAGGUGAUCUGGGACAGACUCAAGAAUUUUAGGGUAGAGGAGGAAGGGGAGAAAAUCAACAAUCUAGCACAAGACAAGAAAAAAUCUAGUGAAGAUGUCAAAAGGAAAAGAAGUGUUAGCAGAUGCUGUCUCAUGACUAUUGAAGUGUUUGAGUCUCUCUGCCUCUGAUCCUUACACGGUGGGGUGAACGAUGAGGUGACAUUCUCUGCCUACAUCACCAUUGCUUUGCUGGAGAUGCCUCUGCCUGCCACUGUAUGUUCAAGCACAUCCUCUGUACCUCCUUCACACACGUAAAGAAUAAAAUUAUAAUAUGGUGAAUCCCUGAGGGAAAUUAAUUGUGAUUUUUAUGGUAUUUAAUUUUGGUACAUUUCACUGGAAUGUAAAGGACCAGAUCCUUUUGGAAGCAGCAGAGGAAACUCCUCUCUGGUCAGAACUGUGAGGUUAUACAGGCACAUUAAGGUUUUUAAUCUGCAGUUAGCCCGGGAAUAGCUCAUUUGCCUGGUUCUGCUGUUUUACAAUAGCCUUUCAUCUUCUUCAUAGCACGCAGUGGUCUGCAGUGCCCUAUCCUGCCUUGAAACGGCCUGGAGCUCAGAGGCCCAAGGAAGUGUUGUCUGUACCAAAGCAUUAUUGGCCUAUGCCUUUGCCCUAGCAGGAAACAAAGUCAAGUGAAGAGAGUUGCUUGAAUCAUUAAACAGAGAGGCUGUGAAAGAAGGUAAGAGCUGCUACUGCAAAGUUUACUUCUGACAACCACCAGUGACCAAAAGAAGGGACAAUACCUCUACUGAGCUCAUGCUUACCAUGCUAUCUUAAUUUCAUGACAGAAUAAUUAUCAUUGAUCUAAGACCCGAAUUCUCUGGAUAACAUGGAUCAUUUUAUUAAUCUACACAGUAUAGACUCUAUAGAGUCCCACCUUCUAAUAUCACACACACACAUGUAGUAGACACAAAGGCUCAAUGUUAUCCCUGGAACUUUACUUUCUUGAUAAAGAUUUGUUUGAUAGUGACUAUUUAAUGCUUUCACUUUGUUUAAUGCUUUCACUUCAUUAAAAUGAAAUGUCAAUUUAUUAGGUAAACUGUAAUUAUAAUCAUCACUUAUGGAUUAGAUUUUGAAAUCAUCCUUUAAGCUAAAAAUUCUACCCUUUUCUAUGUCAAAGAGGAUUCGAUCCACUGGCAAUGUCCUGGGAAACUUCGCAAAGCUAAGACCCUCUAUUCUCAACCCUGGGCUCCCUCUGCGGAAGUAGAGAUGACAUCCUAUGUGCUCCUUACCUAUCUUACUGUCCAGCCUGCCCCAUCUUCAGAGGACCUGUCUGUGCAUCACGUAUUGUGAAGUGGAUUACCAAGCAGCAAAAUCCCCAAGGGGGCUUCUCCUCCACUCAGGUCUGUGGGAAGACUCUAGAAGGAAACAUAAAUAUAUUCACAUAUAUGAAGACACAACCAUCUGGGAGUUGAAUAAUGGAAUGGACACAGUGGUGGCUCUUCAAGCGCUCUCCAAAUAUGGAACAGCAACUUUCACUAAAAGUGAGAAAGCAGCUUUGGUCACCAUCCAGUCUUCAGACACCUUUUCUAAAGACUUCCAAGUAGAUGAUGGCAACCGCCUAGUGCUGCAGGAGGUCCGGUUGCCAGAGGUUCCAGACAUGCCUGAGAUAUAACAUCCUUCCCAAGAAAGAAGAGAAAACACCCUUUGCUCUGCAGGUUAAUACUCUCCCCACAAAUUGUGAUGGAAUGGAUGUCACAGAACGUUCCAGAUUGAUAUCAACAUUAGUUAUACUGGGGACUGACCCAGUUCCAACAUGGUCAUUGUUGAUGUGAAGAUGGUAUCAGGCUUCAUACCUAUGAGAGCAUCAGUUAAAAAGCUCCAGAAACAGCCUCAGAUUCAGAGGACUGAAGUGAGCACCAACCAUGUCGCAAUCUACUUUGAAAAGCUAACCCAUCAAACCCUGCAUUUUUCCUUCUUUGUGGAACAAGACAUCCAAAUAAAGAAUUUAAAACCAGCUACAGUAAAAGCCUAUGAUUAUUAUGAGACAGAUGAAUUCACCUUUGAAGAAUACAAUGCCCCUUGCAGUGCUGAAUCUGAACAAAGAAAUGCUUGAAAACAGCAACUUACGGACCUCAUCGGGUGAACUUCUCCAGAAAUGAAGAACAGACUCAUCAAUAGAGAGGACAGUGAGAGAAAGAAGGGAAGAUCAUUGGAAAUACACAAAAUUUGUAUGUUGAAUAAAUUUAUGGCAUUUAUAACUCUAUCUUUUCUUUUGUUCUUUAUCAAUAUCAUAUUCCCUUUUCUGAAUAUGAAUCUAUUCUCCCUAGCAUUUAUUAAAUCACAGAAAAGCUAUACAAAGAGGUACACUCAA